AUGCAUCACAUUCUCCUUUUCGCUCUGCUCACAGUUUCUGUCUUGGCUGAUGUUCAACCUCAGUACUCCUUCUCCCCACCGGUGGGGUCUGGAUCUGGCAGCUCUUACAGUAUCACUGGAGAGGACAGACUCACAGCUGUCCGGGUGUGGGAGGUCUACAACGGCCAUAUCUAUGGCAUCCAGUUUCGCUAUGGUUUCAUCUGGUCCUCCGUUGCUGGAUACGUAAGUGGCGAGCCCAAGGUGAUUGAAUUAUUUGACAAUGAAGCCAUCAUCCAGAUUUCCGGGAAGUAUGCUCACUACGUGCAGUCGCUGGUGUUAAUCUCUAACAGGGGCCGCUCACUGUACGCGGGCCAGCCUUCAGGUCACUCCUUCAACAUGUAUGCCACCAACAGCGAGGCUGAGCUGCGUUUCAUCAGCGGCCGGUUCCAUGGAGGGCUUACCUCCAUUGGAGCACACUGGGCUGUCUUUACCCAAUCUGCUAAUGACACUGCUGUGCACUGA